CCUGCCACCCAGAGGGAGAUUACCUACUAUGGACAAGACUUGCCGUUGCUUAGUUUGUUUCUUAGCGUAUUCCGGGGAAGACGUUUUCAAUCUGAUUUGCCGCUGAAAAUUAAUGCAUCACCCCAUUGUAUCUCCCUUAUCCAUUGUCCAAACAAAAAACAAAAAAAAAUAAUAAUAAGUCAUACAAAAAGAAAAAAAAAACACCACAUUAUUUAACCCACGAAGGACAUUUCCGUUCAACCCUACUUUCAUUAACCGUUAUUUAUAUAGUAUAAUAUGAUUUACUUGAACUACGAAUCCCCAUGAUCAACACGUCUCUUAUGUCUCUGCUGUUACUGGAUGGUAAUCUCGCCAUCGCGUAAUGGAGUUGAUUCCGUACACUCGAGACGGUCGUGAAAUCGUGCUACGACAUCGCAAUGCUAUCGUCGUCCGUGAUCCCGCGUCGCAGCGCCUCGAGAUUCGAGGCGCUGCCUUGACAGAAUGUCCCACCUGCCAUCAGCUUUACUGCCCGCCCUCGCCCGAUCGACACUUCGAUACCCCGACCUCCCAUGAGUCUUAUGUCGACCCAGACUACUUUCGCAUGCUCCAAGCAGGGCAUGAUGAAGAGGCGCAACAUACUCAACGGCAACCCCCACCAAGUCCCAUACGCCGACUAACACAACCCACUUUGCCUGGUGGUGGUCCGAGACCCCAGGAAGUCGACAAUGCCGAGUUUAUAUCCAGCUCACCCGCCCCCCAGGAGGGAGCACGCAUAACAAAAGAUGCAUUCAGUCCCAACUAUUUUAAAAGGUUCUUUGUCGAGGAAAGGGAACUCGGCCGAGGAGGUAAAGGCGUCGUACUCUUGGUUCGCCACGAGAUUGACGGAUGUGCUCUUGGCCACUUCGCGUGUAAGCGAGUUCCAGUGGGAGACGACCACGCAUGGUUGGAGAAAGUCUUAAUAGAGGUUGAGCUACUUGCCAAACUCUCACACCCUAACCUAGUAUCUUACCGACACGUCUGGCUGGAGGACGUUAAGACGAAUCGCUUUGGCCCAAGUGUUGCUUGCGUCUUUAUCCUCCAACAAUACUGCAAUGGUGGCGACUUGUUGCGCUACGUUGUUGGGGAUGGGCCUAAACAGACCACGAAGGAAUACCUUAAAGCCCAGAUGCGCCGUAAGUCGAGGGGCAACAUUGAGCGACCUCAUGAUCUCACCCCUCUACGCCGUCUUUCAUUUGAAGAGAUAUAUUCUCUCUUUAAAGACAUCACCUCCGGUCUCGCUUAUCUUCAUAGUGCUAAUUAUAUACACCGUGAUUUGAAGCCUGGCAAUUGCCUCCUCCAUCACGAAAAUGGAAAGGUCACGUGCUUAAUUAGUGACUUUGGCGAGGUCCAGCCUGGCAACGCUAAGCGAAACUCUACAGGAACUACCGGUACAAUCUCCUAUUGUGCUCCGGAAGUCUUGAAGAGAGAUAGCGAAGGUCGUCUCGGUAAUUUCACAACCAAGUCGGAUGUUUUCUCGCUAGGCAUGGUUCUCUAUUUCUUAUGCUUCGGCCGACUUCCUUAUGCAAACGCCAACGCCGUUCAGGAAGAACUUGAGGAUAUUGAUCUCCUCAGAGCGGAAAUUGCAGAUUGGAAAGGCUUCCGAGACGAGAAGCGGGAGCGCCCCGACCUACCUUCCAAGCUCUACCAGCUACUUAAGAAGAUGCUAGCACUCAAUCCUGCUGAAAGGCCUAGCGCUGCGGAAGUACUCAGUGUGAUGAAUCACGAGCCAUAUCAAGGUGGUUCACGAGGAAGAAGUACAAGUCCUUCUAUCGGGCUUCAAGGACGACGGAUUCAAAAUCUUGAUUCGCCUAUACCUGGUACACCCGUUCCUGAUCUUCAGAAGCACCAUCGUAGCAUUUUGACCCCCGAGGAAAUUGUCUCAUCCCCCAGCGAAGGAGGUUCACCGGCUACAAGCCAUUCGCCCGAAAUAGACUUCCGUAGCAGUAUUCAGAAGUACGGCACACCUAGUACGCCUCGACACCGUCCACAGGCCAUGACUUUAUCACGAAGUCAUGAAAACCUUCUGCAUUCUUCUCCGGAGCGAGCUCGCUCUACUGGGGUCGCCCAUUCGCAGUCGCCUCCUACUUCGCACACUCCACUAUUGUUGGCGCCUCCAGCAGGCAGACUGGGAGCGCUUGGACAGCAAACCCAGGGCGGUCUAGGUUACUUCGUUCAUAAUUACGGCGACUCAAUAAUGUUUACCCUUCGACUACUUACAUUUUUUGUCAAAAUUAUAUCCCUCGCCAGGGCGUGUUGGCCUUUUACUAUCAGCCUCGGGGUCGGGGUACCCCUUCUCGGUCUGGCGGGAAUUGAUCUUAGCGUACCACUGCAGAGUGAUGUGUUCUUGUCCAACAAUGAGAGAACACGGCGUAGGCUUACCCGAUCCGGCUUGUCUCGUUGGGGCUGGGGUUUGAGAGGUAGCUUUGUUUUGCUUACAGUUCAUUUCGUCGCCUUAUGGGCUCUCUCCGACCUGGGUGUCUUGUGUGUUUCAUUCGGAAAUAGCUGGUCAGACUGGUAAUUUGCAAUCCGCUAGAGAAUACGUUGCAGUCAUAUGCAUCGUCGCUCGGACGCCUAUCACUAUCUCCUUUAUUUCAUUUGUGCCGAAAGGCCAAGAGAAAUGGAUAUCAAACCUUUCGCCAAGAUCAUUUAAUUACUUUGAAGGCGAAAUAGUUCAAGUCCGCCAACAAUACUGAGAUAUUCCACAUUGCGAGACGACAAGGCGACGGAAAUGCUUAUUCCUCUAUUAUUAUGAUGUGACCAGGAGAGCUGUGUUAGUGCACACGAUAUUGUCACGUUCUAUACAAGUGUAAGACGGCAA